CUUUCCAACACUCACUACUUAAUUAACUCUUUUAUAAUUUAGUACUCUCUCCUUCCUCUCUCUCUUUUUUUUGUCAUUCCAUUCCUUCUUACCUAUACAAGAUUAUACAACAACACCGAGAGCUUGAUAUCGAAUUUCUUCUUCCAUUUCAGAAAUUAAUAGAAAUAUGUCUGACGUAGCUCAAAACGACGCCGUCUUGGCCUAUCCUUUUCAUGUUGACUCUCAUAAUACUCGAGCUAAUAAUAACAAUAGCAAUAAUAAUCUUCACCAACUUCCUCUCCUUACGGUUACUCUCAAGUUUGAAGAAAUUGUUUACAAAGUGAAGUUAGAAGGAAAAGGCGGCAGUUGCUGGGGUGGCGGCGGCGGCAGUUCAUGGGGAGCUGCGGCCACCAGAGAGAAAACCAUUCUCAAUGGCUUAAGCGGCGUCGUAUUCCCCGGCGAAAUCCUCGCCAUGCUCGGUCCUUCUGGCAGUGGAAAAACCACCCUUUUAACUGCCCUCGGUGGCCGUCUCUCCGGUAAACUCUCCGGAAAAAUAACAUACAAUGGUCAACCAUUUUGCGGCGCCACCAAACGCCGGACUGGCUUCGUGGCGCAAGACGACGUCUUAUAUCCUCAUUUAACUGUUGCGGAAACCCUACUCUUCACCGCUCUCCUACGCCUUCCUUCCUCCCUAACCGCCGAAGAAAAAGCCGAAGCGGUCGAGCGAGUUAUCUCCGAGUUGGGCCUAACUCGUUGCCGAAAUAGCAUGAUUGGUGGCCCACUUUUCCGAGGAAUCUCUGGCGGAGAGAAAAAAAGAGUGAGCAUCGGUCAAGAGAUGUUAAUCAACCCAAGCUUGCUUUUACUCGAUGAACCCACCUCUGGUUUAGAUUCGACCACUGCCAUGAGAAUCAUCACCACAGUAAAACGUCUCGCAGCUGGUGGACGGACCGUCGUGACGACAAUUCAUCAACCGUCAAGCCGGCUGUACCAUAUGUUUGAUAAGGUGGUUUUGCUGUCGGAAGGAAGCCCAAUUUACUAUGGUUCAGCUUCAAACGCCAUGGAUUAUUUCUCCUCCAUUGGAUUCUCAACCUCCAUUACCAUUAAUCCAGCUGAUCUUCUUCUUGAUCUCGCAAAUGGAAUUGCCCCUGAUUCAAAGUAUGCAAAUGAAGGAGGAGAGAAUAUGGAACAAGAGCAAAAGAGUGUGAAGGAAGCCCUAAUUUCAGCUUAUGAUAAGAACAUUUCCUCCACAUUGAAGGCUGAGCUUUGUAGUUUGGAUGCAAAUAACUUCAACAACUAUGCAAAAGAUGCCUCGAAAAGAGAAAAGAGAUCAAGAGAAGAGUGGUGCACAAGCUGGUGGUAUCAAUUCAGAGUGCUAUUGCAAAGAGGGUUAAAGGAGAGAAGGUAUGAUGCCUUCAAUAGGCUAAGGAUUUUUCAAGUCAUAAGUGUGGCCACUCUUGGUGGACUCCUUUGGUGGCACACUCCAACAUCUCACAUUGAGGACCGUAUAGCAUUGUUGUUCUUCUUCUCCGUCUUUUGGGGCUUCUAUCCACUUUACAAUGCAGUGUUCACCUUCCCACAAGAACGUACCAUGCUAAUCAAAGAGCGGUCUUCUGGCAUGUAUCGUCUCUCGUCUUACUUCCUUGCUCGAACUGUUGGUGACUUACCUUUAGAACUAGCACUCCCAACGGCCUUCGUCUUCAUUAUCUACUUCAUGGGUGGUCUCGACCCCCACCCUACUACCUUCCUCCUUUCCCUCCUCGUCGUCCUUUACAGCGUCCUCGUCUCACAAAGUCUUGGUUUGGCCUUCGGUGCCAUCCUCAUGGAUGUCAAGCAAGCCACGACUCUCGCAUCUGUCACCACCCUGGUCUUCCUCAUUGCAGGCGGUUACUACAUUCAACAAAUCCCUCCAUUCAUUGUUUGGCUCAAGUAUCUCAGCUAUAGCUACUAUUGUUACAAGCUUUUGUUGGGUGUGCAAUACCACAAGGGUGACGUUUAUGAGUGUGGGAAAGGGGAGUUUUGUCGGGUGGUGGAUUUCCCGGCUGUUAAAUCAGUUGGGUUGGACCGGCUUUGGGUUGAUGUUUGUAUAAUGGCACUCAUGUUGAUUGGCUACCGGCUCAUUGCAUACUUGGCUCUUCAUAGGGUGAGAUUGAGAUGAAAAAUUAAGAGGGUUUUUUGGGUAUGGUUUUAUGUUUUGUAAUUUGUUUUUGUUAUGGUGUUGUGGGAUGGAGAUCAAAUUUAUGGUUUCUCUUUCUCUUUCUAUAACUCUUUUGUUGAA